AUGGAAAACGACUUGAAGGAAGAACUGAAUAGAAGAAUGAGAGCAGCAUGGGUAGCAUUCGCAGCCGUCAGGGAAGCUACGGACCAACUGGCGGUCCAGGAUCUUCGUGCCCAUCUGUUCGACUCGACAGCUCUUCCAGCGCUCUGUGACGCAGCGGAGACGUGGGCAGACACUGCUGCCACGUCUAGGAAGUUACUUACCACCCACAGAGCCCAUGAGAGAUUUCUUCUGACGUUCAACCGACGCACACAACACCUAUCCGGACUUCGCAGCUGA